AUGGCUACCAUGGCAGCGGCUGCUCGUGAUAUCUCCCAGGCCUCCUUGAGCCGAGACAACUUAACUGCUGUAGCGGCUCGGAGUGUCCCUGCGACUGUGACACGAUCUCAACAACCCCUUCCUACUCCCCCCAACUCCAUUUCUCCCAACCUGCCGCCUCAUGGCCUCAAGGCGCAGCUCCAGAAGGCCAAGCUUGAGCCUAUUGACUCAGACCUGGACCUUCACGAGCCGUCGGAUCGACGACGUUCGAUCUCGCCUGGUCUCGAGGCUUCGGGUGCCAUCACUGGCUCUCUCCUCGCCAAAUACCACCUGCCAGAGAUCCUGCUCAACCAUGGUCCCCUGGCUAUCAGACACAUCAUGGGGUACCUAACCACUUCGGUACCCGGGUUUUCUGGAAUCCCCCCAACAAAGGCGCGGAGACUAGUCGUGGGAGCUUUGGAGGGACGAGGAGGAGAAGGAGGCGGACUGGAUGGAGAGGUGGAAUUUGAAAAGGUGGGAUGGGGCCGAUGGGAUGCUCGUAAGCGAGGACAGCCUUCUCGAAAUCGACAAGGAACUCCUCCUUCAUCCUACGGCGCGGGCAUCCCCAUCGGCAACAUCGGCGGUAGGGUUCAGGACCGGCCCAGACUUAGCAUUGCGUCAAGCAACGGGGAUUCGGUGCAGUAUUCUCAUGAUGAUAACGACAUUUACAUGAUGGAGCAUGAGGCCGACAAAAUGUCCAUGGAUGGAUCUGGAUCCGCUUCGUGCUCCGAGGCUCCGGAUGAUGAUGUCGUUAUGAACGAUGAUCCUGAGGAUGCGACGGACGACGAGGAUUGGGCUACCAUGGGGGCUGCUGCUCUUCGAGCCGAGUCUUACCCUAACCAGGCGGCAGCUCAGACGGACCAUGGUUUCCGAUCCUCUUCUGCAUAUGCACCAGGUGGACUUCGUUCGUUCUCUGCCAGCUCCGGCAUGGCUCGUCCACCUCAAACACUCAACAUCGACUUCUCGGCGUUGGCGGGCACCUCUGACGCACAGGAGCGGGAGGCCGUCGAGGCCCUCCUCCAGCUCGGUUCUGUAUAA